AUGCAAGGUGGCCAAACUCAAAUAAAAGUCGUUUUGCUUGGGGACUCCGGCGUAGGCAAAUCCAGCCUUGUUUUAAGAUUCGUCGCUGAUAACUUCAAAACUGACCGAGAUGCAACAAUCGGCGCCUCUUACAUGGGCAAGAAUCUCCAAUUCAACGACAAGACCAUAAAAUUCAACAUCUGGGAUACAGCGGGACAAGAGAGAUAUCACAGUUUAGCCAAAAUGUAUUACAGAGACGCCAACGCCGCAAUCAUUACUUAUGACAUUACCAAGCGUGAAAGCUUUGAAGGCCUUCAAAGAUGGCAUCGAGAAUUACAAGAGUUUGGGCCUAAAGACAUAGUUGUUACAAUUGCAGGAAAUAAAGAAGAUUUAGUUGAAACUGAAGCUGUCCCUCCUGAAGAAGCUAAAGAUUUUGCUAACUCAAUUGGAGCUAUAUAUCGUAAAACAUCAGCCAAAACAAACUACGGGGUUGAACAAUUAUUCAGAGAUAUCGCUGCGAAAAUUUGUCCAGACCUUAACAGUCCUCAAUCAGCCCCAAAAAGGAAUACAAUUGCGCUGGAUAAAAAAGUUAACCAAACUCAGGCAGCAAAAGAAAAGAAAUGCUGCUAA